UACUUCUAGUAAUGCUACAUCUACGCCAUUGGUCAAGCAUUCUAACUGUACAGAUGUCGGUCUGAAUAUGAGUAUAUCUUCGUCCUCGGAGCAUUCAACUCGUAUCGGUGUUGCUAGUAGCCAAGUUGCUGCUGCUUCUCUUGCGACGAGUAUGCCUCUUUUAUCAUCUUCUGCAGGAGGAGGUCCACCUUUGCCGCAGGCAGCACCACCGCCUUCGACAAGCGUACCUCUUCCAUCGCCUCCACAACCUCCGCAAAGAGAAGCACCUCCAGAUCCAUUACCUGGCCCAUCGGGUCUUCCACCUGUUCAGCAAGUACCUCUGUCUCUGAAGAAAGAAGUGGAUUGGGAAAGAGCUGUCGAGGAAAUCAAGGCUGAAUCUUCUUCUGCUGAAUAUCUUAGACAUGCCCAUGACCAGGAGUCGGAUGACAGUUCUUCGCCACGACUAUACUCGUGCGGUUAUUGCGGCGCGGCGUUUCCUCAUCAGAGCAAAUUGACGCGGCAUAUAUUGUCGCAUAGUCUAGAGACGCUGAAAUACAGAGAGCAGCAGGCUCAGCUCAGGCACACGUUGGCAUAUUCCCUGGGAGUUGGAGUCUGUGAGCCCCUCAAUCUGAUGGACCCCAGUUUUGCCAGAAACGCUUCUCUACCAGUAGACGAAAGCAGCAGGCACGAAGGAUCAGGAUCUAUGGAACAUUCACACGAUGCUCAUGAUCCUAGUGGAUUGGAAAUGGAUUUUACGACGACUUCGGGAUCAGUGGAACAAGCUGGCGGUGUGGUUUUGUGUAAAUUUUGUGGGAAGAGUUUUCCGGACGUGUCGUCUUUGAUUGUGCAUUUGCCUGUACAUACGGGAGACCGUCCGUUUAAAUGCGAGUUUUGUGGGAAGGCGUUUAAACUGAGGCAUCAUAUGAAGGACCACUGUAGAGUACAUACAGGCGAAAGACCUUUUCGUUGUGCACUUUGCGGGAAGACAUUUUCGCGUUCGACAAUACUGAAAGCCCACGAGAAAACGCACUAUCCAAAGUAUGUUAGAAAAUUUCUGUCGCCGAGUCCAGUGGACAACGAUGAAGAUAAUCCAAACCAAUAGGAGCGACUGCCCUGGCCUCCACCCAUCUGGUGGACUUGGUAAAUGACCAGGGCGCAACGACCAGAAAUCAUAUUCGAAACAACAAUUAUUUGUAGGACUCUCACUAACUCAUUCUAUCGUUGGCGCAACUAUUGCUGAUUGGUUUUGAUUCCUAACAUGUGAUUUUGGAAAAUAAAUUUGUUGGCUAUUUCAUAUUAUUUGCAGCAGCCAUAUCGAAAUUAGGACUAGAUGCAUUUAAAAUUUCCUAAUUAACUUUAGUAGGCCAAUCAUAGGAAAAGACCAACAUCAGGCUUUUUGCGAAAUUUUAAGAAAUAAUUAGGGUAUGUAUUAAUACUUGAUUUUCAAUACAAAUCUGGAAUAUUCGUUUAAGUUUUCAAAUAUUAUUUCAAAUAUAUUCUUUACUAUUAUUAUUAUUUUCCAAAAACACAUAGUUGGAAUCUCCCAAAUUUUUGUUAUCAAGAAAAAGGUAUGUGAUCAGAAAAUAAAACGAAGCAGAAUUAUCAGAGAUCCUUUUAUCAAUCACAAUGAGCGUUCU